AUGGAUGAAACAACAACAUUGCAAAUAGAAGCAAAGCUGGAACGAGAACGAACAAAUAUUGCGCUUCUCGAACAAAACUUGGAAAAAUACAAUUCUUUGACAAUUAAUGCAAGCAACAUUUUGCAAAAUUUCGAGCAAAGAUUAUUGAAGGUAGAACAAAAUGUCUUUCCUCUUUAUAAUGUCACCAAGUCACUCGAAUGUCAACAGAAAAAUUUGGAUGUUGUUAUCAAGAAACUUGAUGGAGUUUUGCAACAUUAUUCGUGUUCACAAGAAAACUUCAACAUUAUUCAGUUAGGUCCAGAUAGUGAGAACAUUGGAUUAUAUUUAGAAGCACUUAAUAAACUGAAACGAGCUAAAGAUUAUUUCUUGACGACUGGAACUGGAACAGUCGAACUUGAAAAUGUCACGCAUCUUUAUAACAACGGAUGUGACGUUCUUAAUCAAUAUUUCAAACAACUCAUAAGAAGACACAGCUCACCACUCAAACCAAUCGAUCUCAUCGAUUUGAUAUACAUGGAAGAAGAUACGUCUGAUGAUAACUCGCAAUAUUCCGCAUCGUCGAUCCGACAACUUCCACAAGAAACUCGUAAAGAACUAAAAAUUAUCGUCGAUUGGCUUGAUGAGAAUCUUCGUCGGGAAUAUAUGACAAUUUACAGCGAUGAAAGGUCUGACAUUAUUUAUCGCUCUCUUAUAAUGUUGAAGGAUCAUCAAAAAGCGAGUAGCCUUGGAAAUGAUUCUGGAAUGAAAGUCAAAUCUUAUGGAAGACUUUCACUCAAUGAUAGCGGAGGAAAGAAAAAACUUCAAAGUAUCUUCGAGAAGAAAGCAAAUAAAAUGUUUGCAAAAGCAAAUUUGUUGAAGAAGCCUUUAAAUUUGAGUAAUGAUAACUUUCUUAACGAAGACAUGUAUGGAGAGAAUAACGAUAUGGAAUUGGAGAAAUAUUUAGUUUUGCUUCUCGGGCUUCAAAAGCUUCUUGUACUUGAGCGACAAAUUCUUAAUGAAAUAAUUCCAUCAUCACGACAAAAUGAAGUUUUCUUCAAUGUUGGUAUGACAUCAAUCGACAUGAUUGUGAAAGACGCUGAAGCAAUUACAAGUCGCGUAAUGAAGUCAAUUUCCAAGAAAGAAUGGUCAGCAGCACUUGGAGUAUUCUCAGCAAUGAAGCAUGUUAAUUUACUUCAACCUGACAUCGAAAAAAUCUGCAAUCAAGAGCAGAAAAGUCAAUUGAGUGGCGUAAUGAAUCGGUUUCAUUCAACUGGAAAAUCAGCUUUGGAUCAAUUCAUUGACUCGAUCAAGAGCGAAGGAAGUUCAAGUCAAGUUCCACUCACUUCGACUGGUAGUUUUCCCAAAGAUGCAACAGUUCAUCAACUAACUUCCGAUACGAUUUGGUUCCUUGAACAUCUUUAUCCAUACUACGAUAUUAUCGGACCUGUUCUUAUCAACGACACGGUUUAUUCACAACCAUUGCAACAAAUAAUGAACUUCAAAUCUUUCAAUGAUGAUCAGAAAAAUCGUGCACUUUGCGGGAUUUAUUUCCGUAAAGUUUUAACUGAAUUAAAUUUUACUAUCAUCACAAAAGCUGAUCAGAUUUACAACAACGACGCAACUUGUCAACUCUUCAAACUUAACAACAUUUAUUACAUUUUGAAAAGCUUACAGCGAAAUAAUUUACUUGAUGUUGUUAAGUUCACUGAAGUUGAUUCCGAGAAGCGAUAUUUGAAGAUGAUUGACGAUUUGAAACAUGCUUAUCAACAGACAUGGCAAAAGCUUUUAGUGCACAUUACUCCGAUUGAAGACUGUCCAAAAGCUUCCGGUGGAAAAUUAAAAGAUAAAGAUCGUGCGAUUGUAAAAGAGAAAUUUGCGAACUUCAAUAGAGAGUUUGACGAAAGUUGUCGAAAUCAAAGAUCAAUUUCUGUUCCAGAUAUUUUACUUCGUGAGGGUUUAAAGCGUGAUAACUCUGAGACUUUAGUUCCACAUUAUAAUGCGUUUUAUGAUCUUUACGCCGACGUUGAGUUUGCGAAGAAUCGUGAAAAAUAUGUUCGUUACACGCCACAUCAUUUCGCUAUGGCAUUAAUGUCAAUAUUUGAUGAUCGAAAUU